AUGCGAGUAAGUGAAUUGGACUACGUGUUGGUGCCUCUGGGUCUGUUGGUGUUGGGAAUCUAUCACGUGUGGCUUCUCUGCACUAUGAUCCGCUACCCAUCUCACACUGUCAUUGGCUUGAAUGCCCAGUCUCGUUACCAAUGGGUUCUUUCCAUCAUGGCUGAUCCCUUGAAAAAUGGCGUUUUGGGAGUUCAAACAAUCCGCAACAAUAUCAUGGCAUCCACUCUUCUUGCUACAACAGCAAUCACUCUUAGUUCACUUAUUGGCGUUUUUGCAAACUAUGAAUCAGAUACAAAAUUAGUUUAUGGAAACAAAAGUUCCCUUAAUUCUUCAAUCAAACGCCUCUCCAUCUCACUAUGCUUCCUUGUUGCGUUUCUAUGUAAUGUGCAAUCUAUCAGAUACUAUGCACAAGUGAGCUUCUUGAUCACCACACAUGCACUGAAAGGCCAAAAGGAUUUUAUUGAAUAUGUUGCAAAGUCCUUAAACCGAGGGAGUUAUUCUUGGUCUCUAGGCUUGCGGGCCUUCUACUUUUCAUUUCCUCUAGUCCUUUGGAUUUAUGGGCCAAUACCUAUGUUUGCUUGUUCCUGCUUGACAUCAUUUAUUUUGUACUUCUUGGACACGACCACUCAAAUCACACGAGAUCUUCACACUAAGUCAUUCAAUAAGAGGGAAACUGAGGGCACGGAAGCAGCCUCGUUUCAGCAUUAUGACUGUCCUUGA